AUGAGCGUGAUAUCUCGGAAUAUAUGGCCAGUUUGCGGAAGCUUGUGCUGCUUUUGCCCUGCGUUACGAGAGAGAUCAAGACAUCCCAUUAAGCGUUACAAGCAGUUGCUUGCUGAUAUUUUUCCUCGUACACCGGAAGAGGAACCUAAUGAUCGUAAGAUCAGCAAGUUAUGCGAGUAUGCAGCAAAAAAUCCUCUCCGCGUUCCUAAGAUAACAAGCUAUCUUGAGCAAAGGUGUUAUAGAGAGUUGAGAAGUGAGAACUACCAAUCUGUUAAAGUUGUCAUUUGCAUUUACAGGAAGUUGUUGAUUUCUUGUAAGGACCAAAUGCCUUUGUUUGCAAGUAGCUUGCUUAGCAUCAUACAAAUUCUUCUUGAUCAAACCCGGCAUGACGAAGUGCAGAUUUUAGGCUGCCAAACUCUGUUUGACUUUGUGAAUAAUCAGAGGGAUGGUACUUAUAUGUUCAAUUUGGAUGGGUUCAUUUCAAAACUUUGUAAUCUAGCUCAAGAAAUGGGAGAUGAUGUCAAAAUACAACAUUUGCAUGCUUCUAGCCUUCAAGUCCUUUCAUCAAUGGUUUGGUUCAUGGGUGAAUUCUCUCAUAUUUCAGUUGAAUUUGACAAUGUUGUUUCAGUUGUUUUGGAAAAUUAUGGGGAUGUCAAGCAAGAUUCUCAAAAUGGGAAUGCGAUGAGGCUUUAUUCUUGGAGAAUGAUAGUGAAUGACAGAGGACAACUUAACGUGCCUAUAGAGGAUGCCAUGAACCCUGGAUUUUGGUCACGAGUUUGCAUACAAAAUAUGGCAAAGUUAGCCAAGGAGGGUACAACUGUACGACGUGUUCUGGAAUCCUUGUUUCGCUAUUUUGAUAAUGCCAAUCUCUGGUCUCCAGAACAUGGGCUUGCUCUUUCUGUCUUGCUCGGCAUGCAGUCUAUAAUUGAAAAUUCUGGACAGAAUACACACUUGUUACUGUCUAUUUUAGUCAAGCACCUUGAUCACAAGAAUGUCUUAAAGAAUCCUAAUAUGCAGCUUGACAUUGUUGGUGUUAUUACCCAUCUUGCUCAACAGACAAGGGUUCAACAAUCCGUGGCUAUCAUUGGUGCAUUGAGUGAUAUGAUGAGACACCUGAGAAAGAGCAUACACUGCUCUCUUGAUGAUUCAAAUUUAGGGGAUGAAGUUAUACAAUGGAACCAAAAAUACCGAAUGGAAGUAGAUGAAUGCCUUGUACAGUUAACAAUGAAGAUUGCAGAUGCAGGUCCUGUUAUUGAUACCAUGGCUGUGUUGUUGGAAAACAUGUCCAAUAUUACAGUUAUGGCCAGAACCUUGAUUGCCGCAGUUUAUAGAACUGCUCAAAUAGUUGCUUCAAUACCAAAUUUGUCAUAUCAGAACAAGGCAUUCCCUGAGGCAUUAUUUCAUCAGUUACUCCUGGCAAUGGUCCAUGCAGACCAUGAAACCAGGGUGGGUGCACACCGCAUAUUUUCUGUUGUUCUUGUGCCAUCUUCAGUUUGUCCUCAACCUUCUUCUUCAAACCCCUCCUUGACAAAGGCAACUGAUAUUCAAAGGAUGCUCUCAAGAAAUGUCUCUGUGUUUUCUUCUUCAGCUGCACUCUUUGAGAAAUUGGAGAGGAAGCAAGAUUCCUCGCAAGAAGAUAGUCAUUCAGAUGGAAAGACCAAUGAUAACUCCAUUUUGAACAGAUUGAAGUCAAGUUAUAGUCGGACUACUAGUACAAGAAAAUCUUCUGUGACUGCCAGUGAAUCUAUAGAUAGCAGGAACUCAAAAUCUAAUAAUUCUUCUGUGAUGAAUAGAUUGAAGUCAACUUACAGCCGAGUCACUAGUGUGAAGAGGCCUCAAUUCACAGUAACUGGUGAAGAAAAUGGUACAAAUAGUUCCGAUAAACAACAGGUAUUACCCUUAAGGCUGAGUAGUCAUCAGAUUACUCUUUUGCUAUCAUCAAUCUGGGCCCAGUCUAUCUAUCCUCUGAACACGCCUGAAAAUUUUGAAGCAAUUGCUCAUACCUACAGCCUUGUCUUGCUAGUUGCUCGGAGUAAGAAUUCCUCAAGUGAGGCUCUGAUUCAAAGUUUUCAGUUGGCAUUUUCCUUGAGGAGCAUUUCUCUCAACGAAAAGGUAAAACUGCAGCCAUCACACCGCAGAUCUCUUUUUACACUAGCAACAUCCAUGAUUAUCUUCACAUCCAAAGCCUACAACAUCCUCUCUCUCAUUUCUAUCGCUAAAAUGGCACUGACAGAUAAAACAGUUGAUCCAUUCCUGCAACUGGUUAAUGACAGCAAGUUGCAAGCUGUUAAUGAUACAGUAAGGCAGCCAAGUAAAGUUUAUGGAUCGAAUGAGGAUGACGAAGAUGCUUUAAAGGCACUUUCAGCCAUAAAAUUAACUGAUAGCCAGUCAAAAGAAUCAUAUGCUACUAUGAUAGUGCAGUCUCUGGUUAAAUCAUCAAAUGAAUCAUCCAUCUUAAGAGAACGGCUGCUUAAAGAUUUUUCACCUGAUGAUGCUUGUCCAUUGGGAGUCCAGUUAUCUGUUGAGACAACAGGAAAUAUGUACCAGUCUGGACUAAAAGAUGAUAAACUUCCUGAUAUGGUUGAUAUUCCAUUGUUUACUAUUGACGAUGACAUUCUUCUGGCUUGUGGUUUGGAAAGCCAAACUAAUCCUGAUGCACAGCAGCAGCCUUCAGAAAAGCCAAACCUGCUAAGUGUUGAUGACAUUUUGGGUUCGGUUUUGGAGACAACACAUCAUGUAGGAAGGGUUUCUGUUUCAACACCUUCUAACAUGCCUUAUAAAGAAAUGGCUCUCCAUUGUGAGGCCCUUCUCGCGGGAAAGCAGGAGAAGUUGUCCACUUUCAUGGGUACCCAUCCAAUACAUGGAAAUUCAUUUAGUACUCCUGCUCUCGAUUACAACCAGGGAAAGGACGUGUCCUCAAAUUCCAAUGUUCAAAUUAGUUUGCCUAUAUUGCAGAGUGGAAAUCCGUUCUUGGAUUCAAACUUAGGCUCUGCUUCACACAACACAUUGCCUGACACUGCUCCAAGGCUUUGUGCAACAGCAUAUCAGCAUCAAGCUGCCUUCUUUCAACUGCCAGCAUCGCGUCCAUAUGAUAAUUUCUUGAAGGCUGCUGGUUGUUGA